UAGAGUUGCUGUUGUGUAUGGAUCUGUGUUCUACUUGAAGAGUGAGGGAUUUAAUUUUUCCAUUGAUAACUGUGUUCUCGUAAAUACGCCUUAAGAGCGAAUGCAUUUUUCAGGGAAGCUGACUCGUACAUCAUGAAAAUAUCUGAAGUUAAGCAAUGCGUUGAACUCAUCACUCCUAUGUGGUGAUUAAUCUGACUUUCCUCGAAUUGUUGAGUCUCUAAGACUUCUUCCUUGUUUAUAUCGUAGAGCUGUAUAUUCCUUUACGUAUUUAUACAGCAAGUUUGUUUUUUUAAUUUCAUGUGGGAAGCAAUGAACACCCUGGUGCAGGUGAGCGUUGUCGACAACACUCAGCCCCAGACGAAGGUUGUCGAAACCAAAAAUCAUCAUCUGCACAGGCGAAAUCCCCAAGAACGAGGGGGUACUUUACCUCCUCACUGGGACCUUUCUUUUUCUGAAAAUUCACUUUUUUCCGUCUAUUGUUUCAUCAAAAAUUUCAUUGGUUCCCAAACUGCCCCUGAAAAGAUUCCUUCUGCUGAGGUGGAACGCGAAGUGGACCCUUCUGCUGGAAGUGCUACAUCAACAGGUGCAAAUACAGUCGCAAUAGACAAUAAAAUAGAGCAAGCAAUGGAUCUCGUGAAAAGCCAUUUGAUGUUUGCUGUCCGUGAGGAGGUCGAAGUAUUGAAGGAAAAGAUAACCGAACUUCUGGAAAGAAUUUCCCAGUUGGAGCAUGAGAAUGAUAUCCUGCGAGCCAAUGCCUCUGCAGAGACUCUUAAACAAUUGAAUAACCAGAAGAAAACAAGUGGGGGUGGUACAACAGGAAAACCACAGCCUGUUGCAGCCGUACCUCCACCAUCAACAUAAAGCAAUCAUCCGUGUGCAUCUGGAAUCUUAAAAGCUAGCUGCUGGCAUCAAUACCUCUGCAUACCCCUUAAUCUUUAAGUACUGUUAUAUUUGUUAGAAAGAUGUGCUGUACGCUACUGUGAAACUUUGCUUACAUUAAUUCUGAAGUUGAUUAUCAAUGAAAAGUGUUAUUUUUAAAAAUGCUAAUAGAAAAUUUAAAUUUACAUAUAAAAGAACAUAUUUUACCAUAUGAAUUAUUAAUCGAAUACUGAUGUUAAGUUAUUAUUGCAUCUCUGAAAACCAUUAACAAAUACUUUGUAUUCCUUACUAGUUUAAGAGGGAAGUAUGAUGAAGAAUGAAAAUGAAAUUGUCGUCAUUUUCCAGAUGGUUGCAACACGCAUUCUUUUAUUUACGAAAAAUUACCAAUUGCAUGUUGCAUCACGUAUGAUUAAAAAAAAAAUAACUGACUUUUCUUUUUUCUUGGCUUAAUUCCUUGCAAAGUUGACUAGCCAAAUUAGAUUGUAUUGUUCCCAUUCAAGGAAUGAAGUCAAAUAAAAAGUCGGAUCAUCUCUAAAAAGGUCAAAGAACAUGAAAAGUUUGCCCUGACAGGGCAUUUAUGUUACAGGAAAUUUAAACUUUGUCGUAUCUUCAAGUAAUUAAAAAAAAAAAAAAAAAAAAAUUCAGUGUUACUCCACUUAUGCUUUUCAUUCUCAGUCAUCUGUGCCAUCUUUUAUUUGUACAAUAUAUAUAUAUAUAUAUAUAUAUAUAUAUUAUUUUUUUUUUUAAAAUUGCAUUCUGUUCAAAUCAUGAAAGUGCCAAGUUUGAAACGUAACCUUGUUCAUAUCUCAUCACACUGCAUAUUUUUUCAGAUUACUUUUCUCCUUAAUAUUCUUUUUAUAUAUCAUGCUGAUAAAUCAUAUUUAUAAUUUGUGAUCUUUUCUUUAAGUAUCUUGAUGAUAAUCAACUCCAGUAUUUAUUUUAGUAAAGGAAUUGUUUGGAAGUAAAUAAGAGAAAAUCAAAAUGUAUAUUUUCCUUUAUUUUUCUGAUUUCUCUAGAGAAGCUCAAGGGGAUGAACCCCUUUUUAGUUGUCCAUUAAAAGUACAAGAUCUAAAUGCAGGAAGCAUACUUUCACUCAAGGGGUAUUAUAGAGGUGUUGAUAAGCAUCGUCCUGUGUACGAGAAGGAAGUAUUACUGAAAGACAGUGUCAUUUGCUGCUAUUGCUUUAUUUAAUGAUGCUUCAUUACUGCUGUGCUUCUAGGCUCUUUAACCAGCUCCUUCCUAUUAUCUUUGAUUCUUCAAUUUGAUGACUCUGCAAGCUUUCCGACUCUUCUAAAAGAGUAAUUUUGAGCAGAUGACAAACUCCGAACUGGAGUGGGAGGCAGAUCUUUUAUCUAUGUAAUAUGCACGAUUCCACAAAAUAGGAUCUAUGAGAGCCACUUAUAUGUGCUAAGCUAGAAACAUAGUUUUGCUCUAAAAGUAGUAAGUACACAGAAGACAGACUGCCAUCAUAUCUGGAAAUAUGUUGAUUUUCAGGCAGAAAUGGAAUGUCAUGAGAGAAGGAAAGAAAAUGCUUCUAAAAGAUUUGUCCGUAAAAUGGUAAAUACAUUACAAAUCUUGUAUGCAUUGUGAUAAGAAUGUGAGAUGAACAUACCAAAAAUUUGUGAAUGUACCAAAAAUGCUUUGCGAUGAUUAUCACUGACCGGUGCCAGGAGAAAACGGUGAAAGAUCACCUCCUAACAGUAAUACUACUUGGUAAAAAGAACAUAUGGAAGCCACUGAUAUAAACUUGAAAAACCAGAAUAGUGUUUUUGUGACAGAUGUGGAAUAAUAAUAUAUCCCUUGUGAAGUGGCAAACCAAUGACUUUUUUUUUUGCAAAUAUAAGUUAUUUAUUAGACAAAGUGUGUAUGGUAAAUUAUUAGUGCAGUAUUAUGGAGAAUGAUUCAUUGGAAUAUGCUGAUUUGAGAAAUGGUGGUGAAUUUUGAAAUGUCUCCUAUCAAAAGUAUAGUAAAAACAUUCUGUAAUUUUGCUGUAUUUUAUCUCUAUCUCCUAUUUAAAGCAGGUUGUAUGUUCUGUUUUUAAGAAGGGUAUUUUUAGUAGAUGACUGUUAUAUAGCAGUGUUCUGUGAUACUUAAUAUCCUAUUAAGUUUAUAAAGCCAGAAAAAAAAAAAAAAAAAAAAAAAGAGGAAUAGACAUUAAUGAUGAAAACAUUGCUUUUAUGAUUUUGAUUCUUAAUGCUAUAUUGGCUUCAUUAAACUUCACUUUUUAAGAUAUAUGUGUAGAGAUUUAUGGAAAUUCCAUAAUAUACAUGAUUACACAUUUGGAUUAUGAACCGACCUAACUAAGUUCUUGCCUUUGGAAGAACCUGCAAAUUCUAUGGUGCUCCUGUUAUAUUAGUGAAUAUUCACAAUUAGUUCUAUGAAUGGCAGUGGUUUCAUUGUAAAUACUCAUACUAAUGUUAUUGUUAGAUUGUUAUUUGUACCACUAGCCCAUUGAGCUUAUUGUUUUCUUAUAUUUAUAAGCUUAUUCUGCUUAAUACGUAACUGGAAGACAUUUUACUAGAAGAUUUCGAUGUAAUGGAUUGCUUUUUGCCAUACUGUAUUAUUAAAAACUGAUAUUAAAUAUUCAUAUAACAGGUUUAGUUUUCUGAAGAAGCAACUACUUUACUUAUGAGGAAUACUCGAGGCAUUUUAAAUCCAGUAUUUGAAUAUUUCAAUGCCAUGGUGUUAGGGGCUAUGAAAAAGGUAUGCGCACAACUUUGAACUGAUGUACCUGAUUUUUCAUAAGCUUUACAAAAUGUGAUACACAUAAAAAAUAUUUUGAAGAGCUAAUUUUUAUUUUCCUCUCUUUUUGCCUUACUGAUGCUUCACUUGGAGGUAUUUUAUAAAAAGGUGCCUGAAGUUAAUCAUAUAGCAAAGCAGCUUGAUUUCUUCUGAAUUUUUAUCUGAAAAACGAAAACUUAUUUAAGAGACCUUAAUUUUUUUAAUAAUGAGAGUCUCAAUUAUGCUGCCAAUAAAUAUUAGUGACUAUCGAUCUGAGAAAUUAAAAAAAAAUGUUCCACAAAUAAAAUGUAGUUGCUUCUUUAAAAUUUAAUAUUUAAAAAUUUUUUUUCUGUGUGUAUUAAAUUAAAAACCGGUACCAUAAUUUGCAGUUUUUAGCAAAGGCAAGAAGUAAAAGGAAGGUAAGAUACUUCUCUGACAUGCUGGUGUAUGGAGAUUAAAAGUUUCUAUUGCAUGCUUGCUCAUAAGCCCUGUGGCUGAUUGCAUUUAAAUGAUGUUUUGAUAAAUUAUGAUGAUCUUCAAUAUUCUUGAUGUUUGGUAAAGUAUUCAACAGAAAUUUCUUUUUGCAAAUGUACACACUUUAGAAAGGAAAAAAAAAAAGUUUUGGUAGAGAUGUGUAUGCUUCUUUUAAAGAAAGCUAGAAAUUAUUUUUGUGACUCUUAAUAAAUAUUUGCAUUCAUACCAUAUUAGAAGUACCACUCUAUAAUACAGUUUGUUAUCAUGUUGCAUAAAACUAGAUGUGUUGUCUUUCCUAUCAACUGAAUAUAUUUGAUUUAUUCAAUAUUGUACAUAUGUGAAAUAAAAGUGAUCUUGUUUGUUACUUAAAA